AUGUCAUGCAACCCUUCAGGCCCGAUUUGGCUUUUUCAACUGUGGCUCCAAGUUUACUUCCUGGAGUUGGGUCCAGCCAACGUCACAUUCCGGGAUGUUCAUAGAGGUCGCCUAGUGACUUAUCCAUGUGCUGAGAUCAUCGCUACCCGGGUUAUUUGGUCUUGGACCUUUCUAGCGUCCCCACACUGGAGACCAAGAAAGAACGACGAGAACUUUGGGCAAGGAACCAUUACCCUUGCGGCUACGAGGUUUACUAUCCUGCUACCGUUGGUCGUCAGAUGGGUUUUAUUCAGGGUGUUCCAUCUCCCAUGGUUGACUCCCACAACUAUUUUUCCUCAUGGAGAGUAUCUUUUAAGAGAGCAAGCGAGGCUUGGUGAGGGAAAAUAUCAACCACUUGGUUUUCCCAACCUUUUGAGGUCCAUGUGGAGAGGAUCUUCCGGGCUUACGCUUGCUCUUCCACUUAUUACAGUUUUAAGCAAGCCACAAAAGAGGCAAAUGCCGACUCUAGUCAUAGUCAAGGUGAGAACAGGCCACUUCCCUCCACCUAAGGAUCGAAACUCCUCCGGCUACGAUGUUGAGAUUCCACCAGCUGAUGACAUCAUCCUUGCUCGAUCGAGAAAGAUCCCGAGGAACCUAUUGCCCCAAGAAUUUCAAAGUCCCAUAUUUGAGACUGAAGUUAGUGGACAAACUGCUACUGCUGAGGCUGAAGUUGAGACAGAGGUUAUUGGUGCUAACCUUUCCACCAACCCAGAUGUUAUCAUGGUCAAGACUCAACAAGUCACCCAGCCAUCAAGAAGUCGUGAGGUUGAUCACGAAAUCAUUGAUGACCCGUCCCACAUUCUAGAUCAUCAGAUAGGAAGUUCAAAUUUUACCAAAUCACUCCUCGGAUCCCCGAGACCUGACCGACUAUUCCACAGAUGGUCAAAUUCUUCAGGUUGGAGAACCUAUUAUGCCCGAUCUCUCUUUGUUCGGGCAUGUACAGCUGGAGCUUUGGUUGAGAGUGGCAGUGAACAACCACUAUCGACAUACCAAGAUGACCUUAUUCAGUCGCUUCUGGACCAUGCCCCUGGCGACAUCUUUGCUUAUCUUGAUCAGUGGGAUGCUUCUGCCACUACUGUUGAGGCUUCCACUUGUCAUGCCACUUCUUCGACUGUGGCUGGGGUGCUUCCAAAUCCUACAGCUGAGGCCCUAAUUCGAUCUUAUAAAAAUUGA